AAGAAACCCCCCUACAUUCCAGAAAUAGAUGAUCCUUCAUAUACUAACUUAAUGGGAAAUAGAGAUAUUCCUAAUGGAUAUGAGGUAUUGAUUGAGAAUCUUAUGGAUCCUGCUCAUGUUCCUUAUGCACAUUAUGGAGUAAAGGAAAUUCUACCAUCCAAAAACACGGAGGCUGAUAGAGAGGGGUGCACACCGAUUGAAUUUAAGAUUGAAAAGUUGGACGGCAAUGGGUUCAAUAUAGUACAGUUUCAGGAAUGGAGCAGAUGCACAUUUAUUGCCCCAUACCUGGUUUAUGCAUCUCUUAAGCCUGAGGAUCAAGCUAAUGGAUCUGAAUCAUCAGCUGGAACCAGAAAGGAUACAUCUGUGCAGAAGGAAUUUUUUUUAAAAUUUUUUUUCCAUUCCAGUUAGUCCAGGGAGUAGCAGAUUGAUAUGGAGCUUCCCAAGAAACUAUGGUCAUUGGAUUAAUAAAGUUGUGCCACGAUGGAUAUUUCAUAAGGAACAAAACCUGGUUAUAGACUCUGAUUUAUAUCUUCUACACAUUGAGGUGACUCCCAUCUCUUUGUAUGUUAUUGCAAGUUUCUUUUCUUUUUUUCUUUUUUCAAUCUAGGCAGCUGGUUUAUUCCAUUAUAAAUCACUUUUG